AUGGGUGUAUAUAAGUAUGCCUCUCUCAGACCAUCACAAGCCAAGAACAAGAAAUGGCAGCUUGUACUCUAUGACAAAGAUAAGCAAAAACAAAAGACAAUUCAGUUUGGUGACAACCGUUAUGAGGAUUUCACACAGACCCACAACGAUAAGCUCAAAAAAUACUAUAUAGCAAGACACAAUAACGGUCGCGAGAACUGGUCUGUCCCAGAUACAGCUGCCUCAGCCGCUAGAUGGAUACUGUGGGAACAUCCAUCCAUCACCAAGGGAUUUGAGCACUUUCUCCGGCGCUUUCACUUGAAACGCCUUGAAUAG